CGAGCCUUGCGGACGCGCCAGCAGCAGCAGCAGCAGCAGAAUUUGCCUGAUACACAGUAAUAUGUUUCCGCUGCUACUCCUGGUGCUGCCCUUGCUGGCGGAGGGUGCUUCCUCUGACAGUGUGGGCUGUGUACUGCAAGAUGCCUCCACGGAGUUAUUCUACAUCACUACCGAGGAGAAGCCCUGGUACCAGCAAUACCAGUACAAGGUACCCGGCCUGUUUGACCUGGGCUGUGUUACUUACGUCCAGUCGCCUGGGGAGACCAUGAUCGAGAUGAACCUUACCGGGAACUUCAGCAAGGUGCCUUUCUUUCCCCUUAACUGCGUUGCGUCAGCCACAGGAAAUGGAAACAGGAUAGACAAGGUCUACGAAGGCGUAUGGAAAUCUCUACUGAGCGGACCGUAUAACAUAGUGUACUCACAUGAGGAUUUCAUCAUGGACCGCUACUGUUUUCUGGGAUAUGAAGUGGCUCAAAUCUUCACAACUGUCAAGGAACCCAGCGACAAGUUGAUGGAGAUGAUAUGGGAAAUUGUCGGUAAUCACAGUGAAGUGGACAGAUCUAAGUUUCAAAAAGUGGUCUGUUAAUGCUGUACUCAUGGUAAAAACUAUUAACGUAGUACAUUUUGAUAUCGUUUUUAUUUCUCACCCUAAAGUUAAAUUUCAUUUUCCAUAGAAACAGCUAAUUAAUGUUGUUAAAUAGGAAGUAUAUUUAUUUACCAUUGAAAGGAUAUGUUAUUAAACACAAUUUCUCACUUAACAUAUUUCAGACUCGUAUGUAGUUUGAGAAAAAGAUUAAAACAAGUGGCAUCCAGGACACGGUCUGGGAAAUUUAUUUCUACGUACAGAUAAAGAGAAUGUACGCCAAAACGAACAACUUAAGAUACGGUGGUAUCUGCUGUAAAUGCGUAAUUUUUUUAGUAUGUUAUGGUUUCUAUGUUACUAGCCUUAGUCAGUUUUAUCUAUGGUUCAAUCUAAGAAGUUAACGAAUGACAAACCUGUUGACAAAAAAAAGGUUGUGUACCCGCUUUGGGGAACCUUUCGAAACUGUCUUCCAUGUUCUAGAAGCCUUUGGUCAAGUGUAACAGCUCUUACAGAACAAAUGCACUUCCUGCUUCAGUAAACAAAUUUCGAACUAUGGCAGUUGUAACAAAGUUUCAGGAAUUAAAUAUAUGGAAAAGUGUA